AUGGUUGAAAACGGGUCGAGUCUCGCGGGCAACGACACCGAAGGCGCGGUUAUCUUUGGUUAUAACUCAGAACAACCGUGGUACUGGCCGGAUUGUGGAGAGCCAUCGCAGUCACUCCGCCUCGUGAAUUAUUGGCAGGAGAAGUCGAUGGCAUCCCCAUCGCAUGACAGUGGUAUUGGGCAAAGUGUGUCUUCAUCGGUUGUACCAGAUGACGAUAGGGCGGUUUGUGUGGCCAAGGAGGAACACAUUCCACAAAUACAUUCCGAUCCAAUUCUCGAGACUAUCCCCGCCAGCCAGAUCCAGCAGAUACCGAAGCAGGCGUAUACCUACCGGGCUACGCGGGACUAUGCAGUCGCCGUUAUUUGCGCACUACAUAAAGAGCUCAAGGCAGUCCGGAUGCUGUUCGAUGAGACCCAUGACAGCCCUGAAGUCCCACAUAGCGAUCCGAACCAUUAUGUCUUUGGUGGUAUGGCCAAGCACAAUGUUGUAGCCACCUGCCUACCGGACGGCGAGUAUGGAACAAACACUGCUGCUGAUGUCGCAGCCAACAUGAAGCGGAGUUUCCCAAGGCUCAGGUUCUGUCUAUUGGUUGGCAUAGGAGGGGGAGUUCCUGCAAAGCAUGACAUCCGACUCGGUGAUGUUGUCGUCAGCACCCCUGGCGGCGCGAGUGUUGGCGUUCUCCCAUAUGAUACCAUCAAGACACUGGAGGAUGGCACUUUCCAGAUAAAUGGAUAUUUGCAUCCUUCUCCACGGUGCCUCAGAUCUGCUCUCAGCGAGAUACAGUCUGACCCCCGCAUUGGUAAUGAGCCGCUGGCCACAUAUUUACAGCAGAUCGCGGACUCCGAUUGUCAGUAUAGCCACCCGGGAGAGCACAAUGAUACUUUAUUCAGUCCCGAUUACGCGCAUUUGGAGACACCCAGGACUGAAACAUGCGAAGGCUGCGACAGCGCCAAAGUCCAGAUUCGACCUCCAAGAGGCUCAAGUCAACCACAAAUCCACUACGGCCUUGUUGCAUCGGGAAACCAAGUCAUGAGGAGCGCAACCACGCGAGACAAACUUGGGGCGCAGUAUGGCAUCAUGUGUUUUGAAAUGGAGGCAGCCGGAAUUAUGAACAUCCUCUCAUGCCUUGUGAUACGCGGCAUCUGCGACUACUGUGAUUCACACAAGAAUAAGCAUUGGCAGAAGUACGCCGCUGCCACAGCCGCUGCUUUUGCAAAGCUUCUUCUGUCUCGCGUACGCUCGGACGCAGAAGGCUCGCAAUUAAGCUCUUUGCCAACGUGUACUAGCUUGGGAUUCCAUGAUCAAAGCUAUGGCAAGCGACGAGGGUUGCCCAUUGAAAAGGAAGUCUUGCAUGAGCGUCCGGCCAAACGACGGCGAGCGAAUGAAUGA